UGUGGGCGUGGCUUACAAAGAAGCAGAGGUGCACUGUACCUGCAGCUGUCAUUCAGCACACCACCAUCCCAGAGAGGAGACGAGGAGGAGUCAGUCUGCAGCUGGGUCACCAUCAUGUCGACUUCCUGUCACGAGUUUGAGGUGACGGUCCACACCUCGCCAGGUCCUACCUCUGGAACCUUCAGCCGCCUGUGGCUAAACCUGAUUGGCUCACACGGAGAGACUCCGCCCCUCAGUGUGAGCGAGGGCGGCUGCCUUCUCCUGCCGGGAUCAGUGUGUCCGGUUCAGGUCCGAGUCAGCGCUCCUCUGGGUUGCCUGCUUCUGGUUCGGCUUCGACUGGAGGCUCGGACUGGAUUCCCCGACCUAGACUGGCACUGCAGCCGGGUGGAGGUCCGCAGCCUGGCUGUGGAGGACCAGCGAGGCGGGAGAGGGGCGUGUCCUGGGGAUCCAGACAUACAGGUGUUCCUGUGUGACCGAUGGCUUCGAACAGCAGAUGGCGACAUAGAGCUGCGGAGCGGAAAGUUGUGUCUGCUGAUGGACGAGACGGAGGAGAAAGUGAAGCAGCAGCGAAUCAGACAGCUGGAACAUCACCAGAAGCUCAUCCGAUGGCGUGAGUUUGUCGAAGGCGCUCCACAUUGUGUGGAUCUGAACAGUCUGUCUGAACUCGGACCGAACCUCCGCUACACUUUCAAGAGUCCAGCUGCUAACCUGUACUAUCUGAGAGGCUUCGCUGGCCAGGCCGAGUCCUGGACCAGUUUCAGCGAGCUGGAGACGGUUUUCUCCUUCAUUGGACACCAGAACAACACGGCCAAGUUCGUUCAGGCUCACUGGGAGGAGGAUUGGUAUUUUGGUUAUCAGUGUCUUAAUGGCUGUAACCCUCUGCUGCUGCGUCAGACCAGCAUCCUUCCUCCAAACCUGUCAGUCACCCCAGACAUGCUCCGCCCCUUCCUGCCUGAUUGCUCCUCCCUCGAGCAGGAGCUCCAGACAGGUAACAUUUACCUGCUGGACUAUGAGGUUUUAGACAACGUCCCGGCCAACGUGAUCAACGGGAAGCAGACGUACCUGUCGGCUCCACUGUGCCUCCUCCACCUGAACCAGCGGGGACAGCUGGUCCCCAUCGCCAUCCAGUUGCAACAGACGCCCGGCCCUCACAACCCGCUCUUCCUGCCCUCUGACCCUGGCUGUGAUUGGCUGCUGGCUAAGAUCUUUGUCCGCAGCGCAGACUUCCAGUGUCACCAGAUAGCCUCCCACUACCUGAGGACUCACAUGCUGGGAGAGCUGUGCUGUGUGUCCACGCUGAGGCAGCUCCCCGAGACACACCCACUGCACCAGUUGCUGAUGCCACACAUCAGGACGUCACUUCAGAUCAACUUCCAGGCGAGAGCGUCUCUGCUGGCUGCAGACGGCGUGUUUGAUAAGGCGAUGGGUUGUGGUCUGGAGGGGUUACCAGUCCUCCUGUCCCGGGCCUCAGACAGGAUUUCCUAUCAAUCUCUGUGCGUCCCUGAUGACCUGACGGAGCGUGGCGUGGACAAACUGCCGCAGAGCUUCUACGCCCAGGAUGCCCUGAGAGUUUGGGACGCACUGCACAGGUUUGUGUUCAGCUGGGUCAGUGUGUAUUACAGUGGAGACGAUGAGGUGCAGCAGGACUCUGAGCUCCAACACUGGAUCUCUGACCUCAAUGCACACGGUUUCAACAAUCACUCAGGUUUCCCUCAGUGCUUCAGGACUAAAGCUGAAGUUUCUAAAUUCGUCACGAUGAUCAUGUUCUCGUGUUCGGCUCUUCAUGCUGCUGUGAACUUCUCUCAGUUGGAUUUCGCUCUCUGGAUGCCGAACUGUCCAGCCUACAUGCUGCGUCCUCCUCCACAGGUGAAAGGUGAGGUGAUGGAGGAUGACAUCAUGUCUUUCCUGCCCCAUGUGAACUUGACCUGUCGAGUCCUGACGGCGCUGAUGUUGCUUUCCCAACCUGCCGUGAACUUUGUUCCUCUGUGUCACUACAAGGACACCAUCUUUAGAGACGACGCCCACUGCAGGCUGGUAGAGGCGGUACAGGCUGAACUCAAGGCCAUUUCUGAUGACAUUACAGAGCGUAACCGGCACCUGGCGCUGCCGUAUCCAUACCUGGAUCCUGAACACAUCGAGAACAGCGUGGCCAUUUGAAUGAUUAGUUUAGAAAGAAAUGAACGUCCAGAGAGACAGAGAUUUAUUUCAAUAUUCAUGUUUUGAAUAAAUUAUUUACGUUUCUUCUUUUUAACCUCUAACUUGUUUUCUAGACUCAAACCGGAUUGUUUUUUUUAAAUUCUUAUUUCUCCCUUGACACUUUAGGAGCCCCUGGAGCCCUAAAACCUAAAAUAAAAAAAUGUGUGUGCACAACA